UCCUGGAUCGGGCGGAGACAUGGCUGAGCCCGCAGGGAAGCGGUUGAAGAGCAGCCUCCCGCUGUGCAGAACGCACCGGAGCUCCGCGGGCAGCCGGGCCAGACUCAACCUGCAGGCCGCCGUGGAGGAGGCUCUGUGCGGGGUGAGCAGCCUGCUGUGGGACGGAGCGUACCGGCUGCAGGCGCUGGCCAGUGUGUUUGAGCGGGACGACGUCGCUCUUCCCCGCGUCGCUUCGUUCUUCCACCAGGAUGCGCUGAAGCAGGAGAGGGAGGCCGAGGCCAUGCUGGGCUACCUGGCCGAGAGAGGGGGCAGCUACUGUGGCAAGGACAUCCAGAAGCCGGGCUGCGAGGGCGUCUGUGCAGUGUUACCGGCUCUGGAGCUCCUGCUGCUCCAGCUAAAGGAGGAAGUUGGCGUCCUGGUUGAGCUGAACCAGCUGGCUCGCAACCACGGAGACCCGCACACUGCCAGCGUUGUGAAGAGCCGCUUCUUGGCGCCGCGGGUGGACCGCCUCAAACUGCUGGGAGACCUGAUGACCAGCGCCGGCCGGGUGGGCUGCACCCAUGACCAAACAGGGGGGUUCGGGGAGUACAUCCUGAACGAGCUGCAGGAAGAGCUGACCAGAUGAUCGAUCAGUCACAGAAGUCUUGAUCGAUGUGUGUUGGUGGACAUGAUUCACCUUUCUGUAUUUUUCCACAGAGAGCAAAAGUUCAAUUCCUCAAAAUAGACAUUAGUGUCAUCUCCCUGCCUUCUGUACAGAGAUAUGUCCAGGACAUCCCAUAUGAAGCCUAGCUUAGCACAAAGACUGGAAGACGUAACUGCUAUCUUAGCUCCAUAAAAAGAGAAAAAAGACCUUCAAGGAACCCUGUAGUUGUCUGAUUUACACCUGCAGUACACAACUGAGGCUGUCCAGGCUGUGUUUAAGCUAGCUUAGCACAAAGACUGAAGGCAGUUCAGUGGAAACUGUUUGCCUAGCUCUGUUAAAAGAAAAAAAAACUCCAAUGCUAUCUGAUUUACACCGUUGCGAGUUCUCCAUUAAAUAUUUAAAUUUGAAUAUUCUUCAUGGAAAACACUGCUAGCUAACUGGCAAGUCUCGACGCCGUGUUUGUUUGUGAGUGUAUCGUAUGUUUGUUCUCUUUUAUGAUUGAUAUGUAAGUGAAUCGUCUGAGUGGAGAGGCACUUCUUGUUAAACAUUAAAUUCAGCUGAGUGAGGCUGUCUGCCGUACUUAGCUUAGCGUCAAAUUAAAACAAUUAACUGUCAGCUAAUUGAUUGGCUAAAUCAUGACCUGGCAAGUCAUUCACAUUGUAUGAGUGUUGUGUUUGCGAGCUUUCUCUCUUCUGUUAUUAAUUCGUGAAUAAUGGAAUGGGAAGAAAUGUAGCCUAGCUUAGCACAAAACCUGAAAGCAGGGAGUUUUUACAAGCCAUGCUCUGCUAAAAAAAGAAGUACCUUCAAACAACUCCAAAGCUGUCUUUUACAUUUCUCCAUAUGUUAUCCAUUUAAUACUUUAAUCUCAUGAACUUUGUUGGCUUAGCAUCUAAAACUGUUAGCUAACUAGCAAGCUGCGACUUGUUCAUGUCAUUCUUGUAAUAUGUCGUAUUUGUUUGCUCUCUCUUGUGGUUGACUCAGUGUGAACAAACUCAGAUAAACAGGAAAGUGAAUGAAACCGAUUGAGAAAGAGAAGGACAGCAUCCAGGAUGUAUUUAGCCUAGCUUAGCACAAAGACUGGAGGGGAAAAAUGCUAGCUUAGCUCUAUCAAAUACCUCCAAAGCUGUCUGCUUUACAUUUGAGGUUACAUUUGAGUCCAUCUUCCAACGCCUCCAAAGCUAUGUGAUUUACCUUUGCAUCUGUUAGCAACCAGUCCAUGCUGUAGUCAGCUGAGUUUAGCUGACAGAGUUAGCGGAGAGCUCAGAUCUACACAUACACAACAAACUCCUGUAUGUUUUUUUCUAUUAAAUUUAUAUUUUCCUUCCUCCUGGAAUUUAAACGAGGUUUUCUACAAGACAUUCAAAUCUGAGCAGGUAUUCAUUCUGACAUUUAGAAGCCUACCUGAUCACCUUAUGGUUGGUAUCAAAAAGUGUUGAUGUUCAAUAACCAGCCCUGUAUGUAUGUAUAGAAAAGUAUUUUUGGUUUUCUAAAUAAUUUUUUAAAACUAUUGAUGUUUCCUAAAUGUACAUGAUGCCAAUAGUGAACGGACACUUUGUUCUUCUGCUGCUCUGCGUCUUCUGUGUUUGAACUUGUGUAUUCCAACAUAUAAAUGUAAUUGUAGUUUUAUUAUUUAUUCUUCAUGUAUUCAGUAUUUAACUGUGUAUUCUUGUUUUGUGAGACAUGAUGUGUUUCAUGGUUGUGUGAAAUAGUUUGUUUGCAGAUAAUUGCAGCUAAUGAUUGGUUUUUGUGAUUUUUUAAGACAGAAACUUGGGUUUGUUGUGCACGGUGUCAGAAAGUGUGUCAGAAAACAUCAGAACAUCAGAAAGUGAUUUAUAAGAUUUGUAAGCUACAACAGAUUUUUGAUACAAGCUGGGAUCUUUGUUUCAA